UACUCUUUCUACAUUCCCUUUUCCUUCCCAGCAAGAGCAUAAAAAAUCAAUCAACUCUUCUCUCCUAGACUCUCUCUCUCUCUUCCCUUUCCUCCAUGGCACCCUCAAGACUCCUCCUUUCCCUCUCUAUCCUCCUUUGCUUCCUCUCCUUCUCUUCCUCAGCAAGACCCUGCAAGACCCUUUUCAUCUCCUCUUAUUCUGUCUCCUACAAACCCCUUAACCCUUACCCUAACGACCCUAACCCUAACAACCCAUCUUCUGGGUUCUUGAUCGUAACCGAGAUCCAAGAAGCCUCAAUCUCCGCCUCCUCCCUGGCACUCAUCAAACGCAGAUUCAUCCCGGUCGUUUCUAGCAAUAAUUAUGAAAAUACCAACAAGGAAGCCACUCGCCGCGACGAGGUGGGGUCGGUUUGGGAUGGAUUUGGGAGCUAUGACUUGAGCUCGUUGCGCGAUCGUACUAAGGAUAUUCUUAGCGUGGUUGUUGCUUUGCUUUUUGGUGUCGGUUGUGGUGCGCUUACAGCAGCUACAAUGUAUCUGGUUUGGUCUUUGUUUUCUCCAUCGCAGCCGCGUUAUGAUGAUUAUUUUGAUGGGGAUUUUAGUGAUGAUGAGGAGGAGGAUUUGAAGAAAAUUGGGUAUGUCAAGAUUCCUGAGGCAGAGCAAGUUAAAGGCGGUUCGGUAUGAGGGAGGUUGGUGAUUUCUUGAUUUGGCUCCGCGUAUAUAGUAAUCAAGAAAGUAGUAAAUUCGGUGUUUAUCAAGUGUUUAAUUUUAUCUAUGAUUAUGUUAUUGUUGUGGAUUAUUGUUAUUGAAGAACAGAUUAUGAUUGUGAUGUCAUUAAGGUGUGCGUUGCUGUUAUUGCCGAAAGGCUGUGACUUUUAUUGUUAUAUAACACCAGUUGACUUUCGGGCGUUAA